AUGGCGGAGCUGCCGCUGCCCGCCGGGCUCAGCGCCAGCGCCUUCCCCGCCAAGCUGUGGCGCCUGGUGAACAGCCCCCGCGUCCGCUCCGUGCGCUGGGACAGCCGCACCCAGGGGCUGCUCGUCGACCGCUCGCUCUUCGAGCGGGAGCUGCUCAGCCCAGGCCCCGCCCCCGGGGGCGGUGGUGCUGGGGCGGGGCCGGUGCCGCGCCCCUUCAGGGCCACGCAGUUCAGCAGCUUUGUCCGGCAGCUCUACCGCUACGGCUUCCGCAGGGUGCCGGGCUGGCUCGGCGCGGCUGCGCCGGGCGAUGCCGGGGGCUGGCUGCACUUCAGCAGCCCCUGCUUCCGCCGCGACCGCCCCGACCUUCUGCUCCGCCUCCGGCGCCGGAGCGCGGCCGACAGGCGGCGGCCGGCGGCGGGCCGGGAGGGCCGCAGGCGCCCGCCCUGCGGCUCCCGGCAGCUCCCCGGGGCGCGGCCGCUGCCGGACGGGCGGCACGGGCGCGGCCGCUUCCAGCCGCUGCCCCGGGAGCGGCCGCCGCUGCCCCCCGGGCGCCCGCCCAGCGGCUUCCUGCUGCUGCAGCGGGAGCGGACGCUGCCGGACGGGCGGGAGCUGCGCAGCCCCCGGCCCGGCCGCCUCCAGCAGCGCCCCGGGGAGCGGCCGCUGCUCGCCCGGCGCCCGCCCUGCAGCUUCCACCUGCUGCACCGCGACCGGCCGGUGCCGGCCCGGCGGGAGGGGCCGAGCCGCUUCCAGGAGCUGUACGGGGAGCGGCCGCCGCCCGCCCAGCGGGAGGUGCUGGCGAUCCCGCCCUGCGAACUGUUCGGGCUCCACGGGGAGCCGCUGCUGCCGCUCGGGCGGGAGGGACCCCCCAGCCGCUUGCAGGAGCUGUACGGGGGGCAGCUGCCUCCUCUCGACCGGGAGGUGCUCCGGCUCCAGCCCUGCAGCUUCCAGCAGCUGCACAGGGAGCAGCAGCCCCCGGCCUUCGACCCACGAGCCACCCCGGGCACUUCUGCACCCAGCGCUCCAGCUGGCAGUGCUGCUUGUGCAGCAUCGACGGCCUCCAGCUCAGGACACAACGCACCUGGGGCAGAGGGAUGGCCACCAGCAGAUCUCGGCCUUGCCAUAGAGAAAAUGAUCCGGGAGAUCAGGAGAUCCCUGCCCGAAAGGUCUCCCUCUGCUCAGGAUGAUGUUAGUGUUGCCCCUGAGUCUUCAGGAGGUGAGCCUGCAGCAGAGGAAGCCUCAUCUGGCACGGAGAGCUGCAGGAACAGUUCCCCAGAGCCCGAGGAGCCUGAUCCCAUGUGAUCGACCUCUCCAGGAGGGCUGGCCUGUGUAGCAGGAAGAGACAGAGGGAGAGCCUGGAACAUCGGGCAAGUUGAAUUCCUCUGUCUCUAGUUAUAUUUAUAGAUGCAUAUAGUUAUCUUUGUUUAUCUAGGUAGUUGUAUUUAUAGAUUUAUGUAAUUAUAUUUAUGUAUCUACACAGAUAGAGAUCUGCACAGUUAAUUUCUUUUUCAUUUUAGAUGUUUAUCGUUAUAGCUUUAGAUGUGUUUUUGUAGGUGUGCACGUUUUCAUUUAUACGUGUGUAUAAUUACAUGUACAUAUAUAUAUUUCUAAAUGCAUAUUUCUAUUUUAUAUGGGGUUUUAGCUACAUAGAUUGAUAUGUGUGUGAGCCUCUUUUUAAGCUCUUACCCUGGUCUGCUUCCUCGCUCACCUCUGGCUUUUCCCCCUGUGCCCCCUGUGUCCCCUCUCCCUGGGCUGGGUCCGAGCUGGCGGCCGGGCCGGGCGCAGCAGCAGUUCCAGCCCCGGAUGUCCCUGGAGUGCUGGGAGCUGCCGGUGGCCCCAGGCACUGUCCCCUGAGGAGCUGCUGAAGGACGCUGCAAUGAAGACCACGAGGACCGCCGGAGACUGCCGGGAGCCAGCAGGGAGAAGCCGAGGGCCAGCAGCAGGAGCAGGGAGCGAGGCCCUGCUGCUGCCAGCCUGGAGAGAGCCCGGAUGUCCCAUCUGCUGUCCCUGUCCAGGAGAGCUGCUCUGCCUGGAGGAGGAGACCGAGGGAGCGGCUUCAAAGAUGGGGCAGCUGAGAUUCCUCUGCUUCGAGUUCCAUUUAAAGAGUCUGGACUUGCACAUAGAGAGGGAUAUGUACAUAUGUAGGCUUCUAUUUGUAUGGGAAUAUUCCUAUAUGUAUGUUAUUAUAUUUAUGUUUUUUUUGGAUGUAUUACAUGUAUAUGUAUGCAUAUAUUUACAUAUAUGUUUAUAAUUACAACUAUGUGUACAUAUAUGUGUCUCAGUAUACAUGUAUGUUGUUGUAUCUGUUUAAUUUCCUAGGUUUACAGCUCUGUAGGUAUCUAUUUGUGUUUAUGCAGUUAUAGGUAUAUGUAUCUUUAAAUGUUGUAUUGGAAUUUGUAUUGGUCGAUAUGUCUAUUUUUAUAUUUUUAAUGUAUAUUGAUCUAUUUCUUUCUAUUUAAUGAUAUUUACAUAUGCGUCUAGAUGUAUAGCCGUAUGUUUGUAUUGAUACAGUUGGGUGUAUGUUUGGAUUGAUGAUAUUUUUAUACUUAUAGAUAAGUUUGUUUUAUAUAUCUACUGAUAUACAUAUAUAUUGUAUGUAAUAUGUAAUGUUUAUAUUUACAUCUGUAGAUUUUUAUACUUUUAUAUGUAUUUAUAUAGAUGUUAUAUAUCUGUGUAUUUAAUUGCAUUUCAACAUGUAUGAAGUGAUGUAGUUGUAUAAUUCUAUCUAUUGUAUUCUUAGUGUAGGGCUGUUUAGAGAGCAAAUGCACAUUUUUGUAUUUCUGUAUGGACUGUCUGUAUUGCUUGUAGUAAUAUGUAAUAAAUUAAGUUAAGUCCUUAAACACCUAAUUAAUCUUUGUGUAUAGUGAGUUGUUGCAGAGAGUGGCAAUAAAUAAGUGUUUCUUAUCUGAA